UAUAUAUUCCACCAUAUUGUAUAUAUGAUAAAGUCAGCCAUUUUUGUGGAAUCCGUCUUUUCUUGAUAAUUGAACAUGAAGAUCGGGCUUUGUGCAUACAGUGGAUAUAAAAUAUAUCCCGGUCAUGGUAAAACCAUGGUAAAAGUGGAUGGAAAAACAUUCACUUUCUUGAAUUCAAAAUGUGAAUCCGCACAUUUAAUGAGGCGUAAUCCAAGAAAAGUCACGUGGACUGUAUUAUAUAGACGAAAACAUAAAAAAGGACAAGAAGAAGAACAAGCAAAAAAAAGAACAAGACGUACUCAAAAAUUUCAACGUGCUAUUGUAGGUGCAUCUCUUACAGAUAUUUUAGCAAAACGUAAUAUGAAACCAGAAAUUCGUAAAGCACAGAGAGAACAAGCAAUUAAAGCUGCAAAGGAACAAAAGAAAGCUGCAAAAGCAACAAAGAAAGCAGUUGUACCUCCUAAAACAAAGGCUAUUCCAAAACAUAAAGCUGCAAAAAUAACACAAAAAUCAGCUCCACGUGUUGGAGGAAAACGUUAAAUUUUAGCAUUGUAUAAAUAAAAAUAUACUUUAUAUUUAAGUAA